UUCCUUUCGGCUUUACCAGCCGUGACAGGUUACAAAGUGAACUUUGUAUCAGUGCAAAAGUCUCUUUUGUGUCAGCAAAAAUGUCUACUGAGAUUAAUUUUUCCGGGACGUUGUCAGAGACAAAUCCUGAGACUUCACCAGUCAUCAUAGUAGGACAAGUGAAGAACCUUGCCAGGAUUUCUUUCAAUGAUGUAAAAAGGAAACUUGAACCUCAAGUGAAUGCAGAGACCUUUGACAAGGCAGUUUCUGGUCUUCACCCUUCACCAACAGAUUCAUGUCCACUUUGGCUAAACAAUGCUGCCGUAGCAGCACUACCUACAAAGUGUAGUCGUCACAACACACCUUCACGGGCACAUUCCCUGUCCAAGGUUGUAAAGAGUUUCAUCGGCAAUGGAAGCAGUGAAUAUGUCGUUAUUGUGUGUGAGAGAGGUGAUGUUUUGGCAUCUGGUUGUGCAGUAGCCCGCAUACUCCCAUUGUUCAAUGGUAAAUCCAAUGCCACCACAGAAAAUCGUACAGUCACAGUUGAAUUCCUCCUGGUUGGUGAUGGGAGUGAGACACCGUUGACCGACCAAGACUUGGCCUGUCUUGCAGCAGAAGCAAAGGGAGUACGACUUGCAGCAAAGAUUGUUGACAUUCCAUGUUCCGAAAUGCACACUGACGGAUUCCUAAAGGAAAUCAAAGUUGUAGCUAAUGAGCUUGGUAUAAACCCUGUUAUCAUACAAGGCGAGGAUUUAAAUAAACAGGGAUUUGGAGGUAUAUAUACUGUGGGAAAGGCAGCGAUGAACCCUCCUGCCCUGGCCGUCCUUAGUCACCAGCCUUCAGGAGCAACAAAAAGUAUUGCUUGGGUUGGGAAGGGUAUCGUGUUUGAUACUGGUGGUCUCUGUAUUAAAACUAAGACGGGUAUGUGCGGGAUGAAGAGGGAUUGUGGUGGAGCUGCUGGUAUCCUGGGAGCUUUCUAUGCUGCAGUCAAAAUGGGUUUCAGUGAGAACCUGCAUGCUGUGUUCUGUCUAGCAGAAAAUGCAGUGGGAUCAGUAGCAGCACGACCAGAUGAUAUCUUCACCAUGUACUCAGGCAGAACAGUGGAAAUGAACAAUACUGAUGCAGAAGGCCGCCUUGUCCUGGGGGAUGGAGUGGCCUAUGCAAGAAAAGAUCUGAAGGCUGAUGUGGUUGUAGAUAUGGCAACAUUAACUGGUGCUCAGGGUAUAGCUACAGGGAAAUACCAUGCCUCAGUGGUCACCAACAGUGAGGACAUAGAACUAGCUAGUGUAAGGGCCGGAAGAACCAGUGGUGACCUUGUCCAUCCCAUGCCUUACUCCCCAGAGCUCCACUACAGUGAAUUUGCCAGUGCUUUAGCUGAUAUGAAGAACUCUGUGGCAGACAGGACCAAUGCACAGGUAUCCUGUGCUGGCCUUUUCAUUGCUUCACACCUGGGUUUUGACUAUCCUGGCAUUUGGCUUCAUAUAGACAUGGCCUACCCUGUUCAUAGUGGGGAGAGAGCCACAGGAUAUGGUGUUGCAUUGCUGACCACAUUGUUUGGCCAGCUAUCCAGUAGUUCCUUGCUGCAACAGAUGGCGCCCUCUAUAACACUGACAGAGGCCAUGGACACAGACCCGGUAGAAUGCUCCGACAAUAAUAAGAAGAUGCGUCUCAGCUAAAUCAACAGUCUCAGUUUAUCACAAUAAUGUCUGAUGAAGCCUUCUGCAAAGUAUUUCUACUUUCUACCCCUUGUGACAUUAGAGGUCUCUUUCUAGUUAUUUUUGUGUAAAGGUUGACCGUUUUCCAGAGUUACAGUCUUAAAGUGUAGUUAAGAUCGACUGUGUGAAUAUUUUAGGGCAAAAUAAUAACAAUAAAUUAAGAGUUUCAAAAAUUUUGAAGCUUUAUAUGUCUCUCAAUCAACAUAUGUUUAAAAACUAAUAUAAAAUCAAUAUAGUAGAUAAUGUAUUCCCAGUGUAAAGAAAGUGCUGUGUAUUCUGUGAACAGAACAAGUGAUAUUUUAGGAAAGGUUGUUAAUAAAGUAUUGUUGGUCAAAACUUUAUCAAAGAUGAUAAAACGAAAAGAAAUCAUGUUUAUGUUUUAUGAUUAAGAAAUAAAUAUGAGUACCUUGUUUGCCUAGAUGUUUUAACUUUGUUUUAGGAAAACACCACAUGCAUGCAAAAUAUAUAUUUAAUUAUUUUAUGUUAAUUGCAGCACAAAAUGAAGACCACAUUUUCCGUACAUGUAUAGGUAUUUUGCUAUGAUUGCUGGUUCUUAUUUUUACUAAACCAGUGUCUGUACAAAUCACUAUUAGUCCCACGUAAACAUAAGCACAAGACCUUAUUUUCCCUAAUUAAUAUUUCUAAAAAAGGGGAAUAAAAUUAUCUGCAAUUAUAUUUGUAUAUUUCAUAAAUGUGUUAUUAGACUCUGGUGAUUUUAUAUGGAACAGAAAAUCUGUUGUGAUGUCAUGUGUGGUUAUGUUGUGUGAUGUAUACAUGGAUCUAGAGAACUAAACACGUUUUGUAUAAUAACACUAAUGAUAAAUUAUAUUACAAAUAGCAGCAAAGUUGUGGCUUAUGAUUGAAAUAUUUUUUUAUAAAUAUCACCUAGAUGAUUUUGUGGAUUUUCUAAGACCAGAUUAUCAAAAUCUUUCUGAAAAGUUUGUAAUAAAAGCAAAUUUGUUUGUAAAUACCCUUUGCAAUCUUAUUUGGUCCAGCUCUAGAACAUAAACAUGUUUAUGAGAAAAAGUGUAGAUAAUUGAAAAGAUUGAUCAAUUGGACUCUAGGUCUGCAGAAUUACAUUUCCUUGUGUAUUAAUCUUCAAUCCCUUCCCUGUUACGUAAGGUUGUGUAUACUGUAAACAUAAGGACUGUAGGACCUGUCAAUCGUUUAAUUAGGACCGAUGUUGUGUAAUGAUUAAUUAGGACCGAUGUUGUGUAAUAAUUAAUUAGGACCAAUGUUGUGUAAUGAUUAAUUAGGACCGAUGUUGUGUAAUAAUUAAUUAGGACCAAUGUUGUGUAAUGAUUAAUUAGGACCGAUGUUGUGUAAUAAUUAAUUAGGACCAAUGUUGUGUAAUAAUUAAUUAGGACCGAUGUUGUGUAAUGAUUAAUUAGGACUGAUGUUGUGUAAUGAUUAAUUAGGACCGAUGUUGUGUAAUGAUUAAUUAGGACCGAUGUUGUGUAAUGAUAAUUAGGACCGAUGUUGUGUAAUGAUAAUUAGGACCGAUGUUGUGUAAUGAUUAAUUAGGACCGAUGUUGUGUAAUAAUUAAUUAGGACCGAUGUUGUGUAAUGAUUAAUUAGGACCGAUGUUGUGUAAUGAUUAAUUAGGACCGAUGUUGUGUAAUGAUUAAUUAGGACCGAUGUUGUGUCAUUAUUAAUGAGGACCUACAUUGUAUAAUGAUUAAUUAGGACCUACAUUGUGUAAUGAUUAAUUAGGACCGAUGGUGUAUUGAUUAAUUAGGACCGAUGUUGUGUAAUGAUUAUCCAAUGAUAUGUGCUAAACCUGUUGGGAGGGGAAAAAACAUGUGGAUGGCCACAAUAAAGAACAUGUUUAUUGUACUUGAGAAGCCUUUAUUUACAAAUAUUUUGUUUAACAUUUGUGAUGUGAAUGUGUAGACUUUUAUGAACACACCAGACAUUGUUAAGGUUGGAACAAAUACAGAUCAUGUACUUUUUAUGACUUAAUCUGAUAGAUUUAGUAUACAAGGAUGAGUGUUGUAAAGUACCUUGGUAUUGCAAAUAUUGUUGUAGCUGUAAGCAAAAGUUACUGAAUGUGAAAAAAGUGUUGUCUUUUUGUAACCAAUUAUCAUAUAAUAUCAUUAUAGAAAUGCUGAUUCUGUUCAUGUAUGUACAUGUACAUCAUGUUGAAAGAUGUCAUAAUAAAACCUGAAUUCACAUA